AGUGCACUUGACAAAGCUGCUAAAUUGUUCUUUUUGACUGAGAUUGCUCGAGGGAUGUGGGUGGUCUUGGAACAAAUGUUCCGACCUCCUUUCACAAUCAUGUAUCCUUUCGAAAAAGGCCCAGUAUCACCACGUUUUAGAGGAGAACACGCUUUGCGUCGAUACGCUAGUGGCGAAGAAAGAUGUAUUGCCUGCAAACUUUGCGAAGCAAUCUGUCCAGCACAAGCUAUUACGAUCGAGAGCGAGACGCGAUUGGAUGGAGCACGUCGAACUACUCGAUAUGACCUUGAUAUGACCAAGUGUAUCUACUGCGGUUUUUGUCAAGAAGCGUGCCCAGUCGAUGCUAUCGUUGAGUCCCAAAACACUGAAUACUCAACUGAAACCCGAGAAGAGUUGUUAUACAACAAGGAGAAGCUUUUAGCAAAUGGCGAUCGUAUGGAAGCUGAAAUG